AUGUCGAUAAGAUCUGCAGCUGGCAGUCGAGCUGAUAGUCGAGCUGGUAGGAGACCUAUCUCGGUCUUCCAUGCAGUCGCGCCUAGCUCACCUAGUUCUGGAUCCUAUUUUUCGUCAAUAUCUAGGCCUGAAUUAAUUUUACCCAGGACAACUUAUGCCGAACCGUAUGAUGAUGAUUUGGAAUCGUAUGGUUCCAGAUCAUCCGACAGUGGCAGUGAAAUUAGGGAGGAACACGACUCUACUAGCCCUCGUACAUCUACUCACCAUCAACCGCAUGAUGUAUUUGAUGAGGUACGUUCACAUAUGCGGCGUCUGGAAGAGGAUGUAGCACAUACACGUCAAGUGUGGAGUGAUGGAGAAAUUAAUCCUUCUGAUAUGCUGUCGACGAUUGCAAACUACAGGCGGGGAUUAGAUAUGGUUGCCACUCCAGAUGCAGGUAGGGAUCCUUCGUUGAAGCUUAGAAUUGAUGAGGUAGAUGACACGUUGGAAGAAUUGGAGGCGGAGGCAAAUGUUCGGAAGAUGCGAGAGCAAGAAGGACUCGAGACGGCGAGGAAAGAGGCAGAGAGAAGAGAGAAUGAGAUGAGAGAAGAAUCGGAAAGGCACCAAUAUUUUAUGCGAGAUAAAGGUGCGAAGGAAAGAAUCAGAAACGAGAAGGAGGCAAAGAAGAGGGAAAAGGCUGAAGAGGAGAAGCAGAAAAGGAUUAUAAAGGAAAAUAAGAGAAAAGAACAGAAUACUAGGUCUGCAGCGGCUUUUAAGGAAAGGGAGAGGUUGGCGAAAGAAGAAAAGAAGAGGAAGGAAGAGCAGCGAAUUCAAGAGGAAAAGAAAGCAUAUGAGAAAAGAUCAAGCAGAGAGAAGGCGGCAAGAAAUCGAGAUCUUCAACGGAGGGAUAUUGAGAAAAAAACAAGAGAAGCAGAGGAAGAGGCAAGGUAUCAAAAGAAGGUUACAGAGGAAGAGAAGAGGUAUGUGGCGAAAAAGAAUCAUCAAACAAAGGCGAAAGUAGCAUUAGGUGGUAGGGAAGAAGAGAGCAGGAAGAGAGAGAGAGAAAGGGCAGAGGCGUUUGCUAAGAAGGUAGUGGAUGAUCGGAAUCAGAAAUUGAAAAGGGAGUUGAAGAAGUUGGAAGAUAAGAUAUGUGAUGUUGAGGAGAAGUUGGGUUAUGUUCAUGAUGAUUGA